UGCUUCUCCUUUGAUCCAUCUUCGUCGUCCGCGGCCACGUUUCAGAAUCAGCAAUUCUUUUUCCUUUUAAAUGUAAGAAAGAAAAAACAAAAAAAAUUGGCUGGUUUAGUCAGUAGCUGCUUCCACGCUCUAAACGAACUUCUCGGGGCCGUCAUGAUGGCCGCUUCAUAUUCAACGGCUCGCGUCCCUCUCUUCUCUCCCGCUCGAACCAAACUCUUAUCAUCCCGCCACGGCUUCAAAAAGGGCGUCGUAAAACUAAAACCCGACUUGAAGUGCCGGGCUCAGUCUCUUAAACCGGAACCCGGGUCCAAGCGAGGUGAUUCUGUCAAGCGCAAUGUGAUUAACGAUGAAGAUAGCGUGGAGGAGACUUACAACACCGUCGACGAUAAGCAGUUCGUGCGGUGGUUCCGCGAGGCUUGGCCUUACCUCUGGGCCCAUCGCGGCAGCACUUUCGUUGUUAUUAUUUCCGGCGAAAUCGUCGCUUCCCCCUCUUUGGACGCCAUUUUAAAGGAUAUUGCGUUUUUGCAUCACCUAGGAAUCAGAUUUGUUAUUGUUCCAGGAACUCACGUGCAGAUCGACAAGCUUUUGGCCGAGAGAGACCAUGAACCAAAGUAUGUAGGCAGAUAUAGAAUUACAGACUCAGAAUCUCUAGCUGCAGCAAUGGAAGCAGCAGGAGGGAUUCGUCUAAUGAUAGAGGCAAAACUUUCUCCUGGACCUUCCAUAUGUAAUAUCCGUCGACAUGGUGAUAGUAGCCGUUGGCAUGAAGUUGGUGUCAGUGUUGCUAGUGGAAACUUCCUUGCAGCUAAGAAAAGAGGAGUUGUUGAAGGUGUUGAUUAUGGAGCAACAGGUGAAGUAAAGAAGGUAGAUGUUGCUCGCAUGCGUGAGAGGCUUGACGGUGGUUGUAUAGUAAUAUUAAGCAACCUGGGGUAUUCUAGCUCUGGAGAAGUUUUGAAUUGCAACACAUAUGAAGUUGCUACUGCUUGUGCAUUAGCUAUUGGAGCAGAUAAGCUGAUUUGCAUUAUAGAUGGUCCAAUUUUGGAUGAGAAUGGACGCCUUAUUAAUUUCUUGCCUCUUCAAGAAGCAGAUAUGUUAAUCCGUCAACGGGCUAAGCAAAGCGAGACAGCAGCUAAAUAUGUGAAAGCUGUUGAUGAAGAAGAUGUCACUUGCCUUGGACAUUAUGAUUCUAUUGCAGUUGUCCCCUCUUCACAGAAUGGGAAGGUUCUUAAUAGUACACACAAUCCAACCUUUCAGAAUGGUGUUGGUUUUGAUAAUGGCAAUGGACUAUGGUCUGGAGAGCAGGGCUUUGCUAUUGGAGGUCAGGAGCGGCUAAGUCGACUAAAUGGCUACCUUUCAGAGUUGGCUGCUGCCGCUUUUGUCUGCAGAGGUGGUGUCCAAAGAGUUCAUUUGUUAGAUGGCACUAUUGGUGGGGUCUUAUUAUUGGAACUGUUCAAAAGAGAUGGAAUGGGGACAAUGGUGGCCAGUGAUCUAUAUGAAGGUACCCGGAUGGCGAAGGUGAUGGAUCUCUUAGGUAUCAAGCAAAUCAUACAACCUUUAGAAGAGUCUGGCACAUUGGUUUGCAGGAGUGAUGAGGAGCUACGUAAGGCCAUAGAUUCAUUUGUUGUUAUGGAAAGGGAAGGUCAAAUCGUUGCUUGUGCUGCUCUUUUUCCUUUUUUCAAGGACAAGUGUGGGGAAGUUGCUUGUAUUGCAGUUUCUCCUGAAUGCCGAGGACAAGGACAGGGAGACAAAUUACUUGAUUACGUAGAGAAGAAGGCAUCAUCCCUUGGAUUGGAUAUGCUUUUCCUGCUGACAACCCGUACUGCUGAUUGGUUUGUUAGGCGCGGCUUCGAAGAAUGUACCAUUGACAUGAUACCAGAUGAAAGGAGGAAAAAGAUCAAUCUAUCCCGUAAAUCCAAGUAUUACAUGAAGAAGUUGCUACCGGAUCGAAGUGGAAUUACUGCUGAUAGAGCAUUUAAAUGAGGUUGCCACACAUAAAGUGCUCUGCGCUGCAAAGAGGACAACCUCACCAUUUUGUUGGCUAGAGAAUCAUUUAUAGUAAAUUACUACAUAAUUGAUCAAGGGAUGAUCUGAUUGUCUCUGCAUCAGGUUUGUGUCGCGAGUUCUAAGUGAUUGUAGCCAUAAAUUUUGUUGUAUACUUAACUAGUUACAUAAUUUGAAGGGUACUUGUCAGUAGCACAGAGCUAUAGAAAAUGGAAAAUAAAUUGGCAUUUCUUCCUUGGUUCGUUUGAAGCUCUGAAGAUCAAUGUUGAGUUACAUCCCAAAGGGUUGCAACAUUUGCCAUUUGUACUUCAUAAUUAUCAUUUUAUCACUCUGUAUUUAACUUAGAAUUAUUGUACAUGGAGUAGUUUCUGAA